GCUUUCGGAAUGUGGGUUUCGUAAAUGAUGAGUGUUCAAGUGUUUACUUUUUAUAAUGUUGCUAGAAAUAAAUAAAAUUUUAAAUAAUUGUGGUAGAACAUUCUUCUGAGAGAUAAUACUACGUUUGCAGACUUAUUUUUGAAAUAUAUCUUGUGUGAUUUGUUUCUGAGGGUAAAUUUGUUAGCAAAAAUUAUUGCAUCAUGUCUCUAUAGCGUCGUCGAGUGGUCGCCAUGCCAGUGAGAUAGGUCGGCAGCCAUGGUCCCUCGGAGCGGACGCGAGGCAUCAUGGUCGCUGCCAGAGCGCGUGGGCCAGUGGUACUACGCCCACGGGCUCUUCUGCUCCAGCCACCCGGCGGCCGUCAUCAGCCUGGCUGUGUCCUUGGUCCUGCUCUGCUGCUACCCUCUGCUGAACCUGCCGCUGCCGGGCAGCGUGCCGCAGCAGCUGUGGUCGUCCAGACACAACGCUUCUCCGCUGGGCGACGGAUCCCUGGAGCACCACGCGCGGUGGUUCAGCGGCCGGCCCUCCUUCUACAUUCAGCAGGUGGUGAUGAAGACGGCGGUCUCCCCGUGGGCGGAUGACCUGGUGCUGACGGAUGCCUUCCGGGCACCUCUGGCGGAGGUGUUCAAGCUCGUUGAGAUCAUCCGCAACUAUCAGCAGGACAACAGCUCCAAGACAGUGAACAGCGUGUGCCUUCACGUGGAGGCGGUGAAGCUGAAGCCAGACAAGCGCCUCAUGCUGCCCGAGUACAACUGCCUCAUCCUGUCCCCGGCCAACCUGUGGCAGCAGAACCUCUAUGUCUUCAGCGAAGACGUCAGUCUGCUGGGCACCAUCUACAGCUACCAGAAUAUUCAGAAGGGUAAGAUGAGUCUGGCGGAGGUGCUGUUUGGCUUCAACAUGAAAGAGACGGGCAUCAAGCGCUACCCACUGCGCACUCGCCAGAGGAUCCUACAGUACGCCGUCACGCUUAUCCUCAAGGAGUAUGACCCAGAAUUUAUUGAAGGACUGACUCAAAAACUUCUACUUUCUUAUCCGCUUCAGCAGCCACAUAAUGCUGCAUUAAGUUCAUCUUUGCUGAAUUUUUCAUUCAGUGAUAAAUUUUCUUCCAGCAUUCUUCACAUUUACUUCCCAGGUCACUUUAACUUCUACGAGUUCGUGCCACUGGUCAUAACCUACAUCAUACAGUUUCUUUACGUGUAUUUUUCGGUGCGGAAAAUAGAUCUAAUAAAGUCUAGGGUUGGGAUCGCGGUGAGUGCCGUAUUCACCGCUUUGGCUUCGUGGUCGAUGGCCAUCGGCUUGUGUUUCUUCUUCGGUUUGACUCUGACGAUGGCUGGGAAGGAGAUAUUCCCCUACUUGGUGUUGAUCGUCAGCUUGGAAAACGUGCUGGUGCUGACCAAGUCGGUGGUGUCCACGCCCGCGCACUUGGACGUGAAAAUCCGCGUGGCCAAGGCGCUCAGCCGCGAGGGCUGGAGCAUCACCAAGAACCUGCUGACGGAGGUGACGAUCCUGACCGUCGGGCUGUUCACGUUCGUGCCCGCGAUCCAGGAGUUCUGCAUCUUCGCCAUCGUCGCCCUCCUCUGCGACUUCUCCCUCCAGAUGAUCUUCUUCUCCACGGUCCUGGCCGUCGACAUCUACCGCAUGGAGCUGACUGUGGACCCGCACCACCAGUACCGGGUCCAGCAGAGUUCCAUCGUGCCGACGGACCACCAGUUCCUCUACCCUGUGCCCGGGUUCCCGAAGCCGCUCACCGGCACCAUCACCCGCUCCAAGUCCCACCCGCGGCUCAACGGGAUGAGCGGCGACCCCCCGGGGUACCCCGCCAACGUGGUGGCGCCCGUCGGCGGCCCGAACCUGGCCAGGAUACCGAAGCGCUUGCGCCUCGUUCACUUCUGGGCCCGGACGAGGAUCUUCCAGCGAGGCUUCAUGUGCUGCAUGAUCGUGUGGAUAAGCAUGAUCACGUACAACUCGGAGACUGUGCAGCAGCUCUUUCAGUUUGCGUCCCAAGGGGAAAACGCUCCUCCGAUGGAAGAAUUCAACAUUCCGUACGUGUACUCGACGACACCCUCGGUGAACACCAGUCAGGAGGCAUCCUUGUUGGCCGCUAUCGCAAGUGGCAAGAAUCUGGAUGUCCCACCAUCACCAGGUCAACAGCAGGGGCUGUCCACCUCUAUCUCAUCUGAGAUGGUGGUGAAUGUCGAGGGGCCCAACAAUUUAAAUUCAACUCGGGCGGGGAACGGCUCCAGGCCGGACAACAUCGUGUCGCGGCUGGCCCAGGCGAGAGCGGACCCCCGGCACGGACUGUCCCCCUACCACUGGCCGGCCGUGCUGUCCCUCUACAACGUGUCGCUGGCGGGCCAGUUCAUCAGCGUGCUGCCCCCCAUCCGGGUGCUGCACGUGGUUCCCCCGGAGCUGGCCCGCUCCCUGCGCAACCCCCGGGAGAAGGCCCUCCGCUUCCACUGGCAGUCCCUCGCCGUGGCCCUGGACCCGCUCGACUUCUCGGACGGGGACGACGGCAAGGGCGGGGCCCGCAAGCCGGCGGGGGCGGACUCGGGGGCUCCCUACGUGCCGUCGUCGCCCAUGGAGCUGAUGCUGAUGGCCCUGCUGUGCCUGGUGAGCGCGCUGGUGCUGGCCUACACCAUGGUGGUGCUGUACCGCUGCGUGUGCAGCCGCCACUACGCCGAGUGGCGGGCCAGCUGGGCGGCCGACCACCGCGACGGCUCCCCCGAGGACGGCACCCACGUUAUCCUGGAGGCUGUGCCCCUGGUGCUGGAUGGCCACGGCCAGCAGGUGGAGUGUCUCGCCUCCGACGCCUACAUCCUGGUCAGCUCCUGCCUGGCAGGCCAGCUGUGCGUCUGGGACUCCCACACGGGGGAGGCCCUCGCCACCAUCGACAGGAAGCGGUACUUCUCAUCGGUGCAGAAGGCCUCGGGAACGCGCUACGUCGAUGGGGAUGAACCGCCCCUGUCGGAUUACGAGUCUGGCUCGCCCCCGUCCAGGGGGGAACAGGCCGUGGAUUCCCCCACGCUGCUCUGCCACCGCCGGACUGCCAGCCACUGGAACCUGCCCGACCUCAGGCCGACGAUCAACACCAACUUCACGGGCAGCCGGCCGCCUCCCCCCUCCGACCACCUCACCGGCAAGGGCGUCUUCGACUUCUCCCGGACGUACGGCAGGCUCUACGAGGAACACGACAAGAGCCUGGCCUUUCGGGACGGCGGUGCGAGGGACUCGGGCGACGAGUGGGUGGGGUGUGCCGCGGCGAACGGCUCCUGCGAGGCCGGUGACUUGCGGACCGAAGCGCCCGGCCUGAGGCCGAACCGCAGCAGCUUGGAGCUGGGGAGCUCGUGCGAGGAUGGGGACCACGCGACGUCGCAACCGUGGCUCAUCAAGAACUACGCCUGCCCGCGGCCGAGGCAGGCGGAGGACAAGGCCCCGGAGACUUCAGCCGCACCAGAGGGGACGCCCGCCGUGCCUCCCAUCUGGUGCAUCGACGUGCAGGAGAAUCUCAUUGUCGUGGGCUGUGCCAACGGGCAGCUGGAGUUCUGGGAAGGCUCCACCGGCAGGUUUAUGUGUAUUUUUGAGGACGGCAGUGGAGUGGGGGUGACUGCAGUGAGGAUGAUCGGGAAUCGAGUGGUCACUGCCAGGUUGAGUGGAUCUGUCGACUUCCUCGAACUGGAAAGCUUCAGUUCGGGCCGGCAGAAUGAUUGGGGGUCGACGGCUUACAGGAGAACGCACGUGCGGACCGGGAGCGCGGACUCCGUGCUGGGCUGGGACGACGCUGCGUUCGCCAACGGCCUCGACGAGAACAUCAGCUGUGUGCGCCUCAACACAACACGGGCCCACCAGCAGCCCAUCACCGUGCUCGAGUCGGAGGGGGGCCGGGUCCUCACGGGAAGCCACGACCACACGCUGAAGGUGUUCCGGUUGGAGAACCACCAGCUACUGUACACCCUCCACGGACACUGCGGACCAAUCACGUGCCUCUUCAUAGACAGGAUCUGCCCCACGAUGUCUGGCAGCGGCAGCCAGGACGGCUUGCUCUGCGUCUGGGAUCUCAUCUCAGGGACGUGCAUGUACAGCAUCCAGGCCCACGACGGCAGCGUGCUGGCGAUGACGCACUCGGCCAGCUACGUCAUCAGCCUGGGCGCGGACGAGCGCCUGUGCUUCUGGGAGCGAUUCCAGGGCCACCUGCUCAACACCAUACAAGUGACACACACAUACUGCAUGAGCCUCGUGAUGCUGACCCACAACCUACUAGUGACCAGCAAACAGGGCUCCCUGAUGGUGUGGGACGUGCGCUCCGGGGUGCCCAUGCGAAUGGUGAAGCUGGGGCACAGCGACGGCUGCGUUUUCGUCAAGAACCUGGUCCUCUUGCGCGACGGCGUCGCCUGCGACUACAGCAACCAGCUGCGCAUCGUGCGCUUCCCGCUCAUCACCGACAAGUGCGACUGAGCCCCGGCCCCCUUCGCUUCACGCGACCGAGACGUGUUUUAAUUAAGGUUUUUUUUUACUCUGAAACUGAUGAUGCGCCAUCGUAAGUUUUUUCCCGAACUGGAAAAAAAAAGGAAGCUCUCUUUUAGCGUAAUUUUAACUAAUACUCGUCGGAUCAAGUAUGAGCCCGUGUUUCUAGGUUUUGUCUUGCGUGGUUGACAUGCCAAUGUUUUCAGUUAUAUGUUAUUUUUUUUUAUUAUCAUUGCAUUUUGGAUGAUGACCAACCUUCCUUAAAUAUUUAUUUCACCCCGGAUGUUUAGGGAGUUUAAAUUUCGAGACUUGUGAAACUACGUUGGUUCGUACGUACAUACUACUCCAUCCUGUGGUGACUACCGCGUUGCACGUGCAUAUGAUCUGCUGUGCGGUUGACUUGCCACUGCGGGUGAAACAUGUAACUAAAAAAAUUAUAGCGAUUUCUGAAAGAUGAAUGUCAAAUACAAGUUCAGAAAGAAUAAUCAGAGCCAAACAGAAUUGUAAUCAAAAACUUUUAUUUUUUUUAAAUAAUUUGUAACUAGAUUCAAUAAGCUUGUGUUGCUAUCUAGAUGUAAUAAAUUUGUCAACUGUUUCAUUUUUAAACUUUUUGUAUGAUUUUUUGACUCAGUUGCAUAAAAUAUAAGAAAUUUUGUAUGUAUUAUUCUAACCAAUCUUGUUCCCUUUACACUUUGUCUCUUUAGUUCUUGCUUCAGGAAUGUGUGUAAACUAGCGAUAACCAGAAUCUAUAUACAAUAAUAUUGACGCAUUGAUUCUGGGAGAAGAAAAAAAAAAUAUUUUUCCUACCCUCUUCUUCGUCCCGAGCACACCAUACUGUCUCUCAUACCACCGAGGGUAUAAUGAAAGCAACUAUAACUUGCAAGUGCAGAUGACACAAGGGUUUGGACAUGCAUCUACCCUAUAUUAUUUAUCAUAAGUCAAUAGUGAUGAGAGAAUGGUACAUCCAUUGGGUCCCUGGCUUUGUUUUACGUAAAUUCAGUUAUAAUUUUUUUUUUAAAUGUAUUAGAUUUAUGAGAUUUUAAGAACAUAGUUGUCAAAAUGUAUGAAACAAAUAGAAUUCUGAUAAUUUUGACACUGGGAUGAAGUUAGCAAUUUUUUUUAUUAGGUUCUUGCAGUUAAGUGCUUUAAUUGCUUAGAAUCAAAGUGAUUUUGAGUCUUUUAAGUUUUAGAAAGUUUUUGGCAGCUGCAUAGGUUUGCUUAUGUAGUGCGUCGUUCGUAAAGCAAUGUGAAUUGUAGCUGCCAUUACGUGUAACAUCCUCUGUUUUUAGAGUGAGCCUCUGUAUACCAGUAAACUGUUAGUCCUGAUUUGUACAGUUUUUCAUCUUCAAUUACAAUUGUUAGUUAACAGCUUUAUUUGUUUGAAAAUUGUGUAAUUAUUUGUGUCUUGUACGUCUACGUUUUACUUGCAAUUUUCUUCUAGUUAUGUAUUUUACAUUUAUAAUUUACUGUACGUAUUUAUACAGUUUUAUUGCUUUUAUCCUCGUUAUGGUCAUGUGAAUGUUUCCGCACCAAACUUUUAGUGUGAAAGAGCUCUUCUCCCCCUCCCCCCAUUCCAUUCCUUCUUUCACCUCCAAGAAUAUGCUUGCACCAUCUCAUUGUUUUCUAAGGUAUAAAAUAUUCUCCAAUAAUAUUUUGUAUUUUUGUAAACACAAAUCAAUGCUCUAGUAGACAUAAUUUAAGAAAAAAAAACUAUAUUUUUCAUGUUUGAAAGUCCAAAUAUUUAUAUGUUUUACUGUUUUAUGAUAAAGAGUUUCAUGUAAAGAGCAUUUUGAUAUUAAAUUUGUAGUUUUAUUUUUUGUUUUCACAAUAUUAGCAUUUUUUGGAUUUUCUAAAGAUAGUAUUUGAUAUCACAUUUGUGCACACACUCUUUCAAGAGCUUAGAUUCAAUUUUCACGGUUUCCGGUAGUUUUCGAGUUAUCCCAUCUCAAGGGGUAAUUUCGUAAAAAUAGAAUGGAAUUCAAUGACCGGAAAUGUGUCACAAAGUUGGCGGGCCCACUUAUAGCAACAUUAGCCAGUAUAGUCAGAUUCAUAAACAUUAGGGUUAGGCCUGUGCAAAAUUUUUAAUAUCAAAACGAAUACAGUAUUUUGUUAUUCGUAUUUGAUUAGAUUUUGAAUAUGAACACAAGGAAAAAACUAAUACAGUAGAACCCCGAUUUAACGAACUGCUAUGGUUACCGAAAAUGUUUACUCUAAAUCGAUGUUUCGUUAAAUCCGAUUUUCCGAUUUUCAAUAACCCCCGCACUCAUAAUCGCGUCCCUACCGUUUCCAUAUCGUAGACAGGGUCGACGCUGAUAUCUUGUGCUGCCGUGCUAUCUCAGACUUCGUCAACUUUACAUCUUCAACGUCUUUUAAUCUCGCUCGUACGGCCCCCGGUUCGUACGUAAACCUCGGUCGUACAUACAGAUUUUCAGAAACCGUGAAAAAUGAGGCAUAAAAUAAAAGUUUAAAAAUAUGUAAAGUGUAAGAAAUACGUUAAAGUGUAUUAAAAUACAGUCGCAACCUGCAGCGUUUAUAACAAAUACGAGCUACAUACACAUUGCGUCACAGUAAAAAUUAAAAAAUAAAAAAAUUGGCCGCAAAUUGAUGGAAAAUUUCCGUCAAUAGCGCGCCGUACGCGGAGAAAGGUCAUUGUACUCGGUCAGCUGCUGUUACGGCGCGGCGUAGCCGCCGGCUGACUCUCUUUGUUCACUGAGCUGCGCAGCACUUAUAAAAAACGUAUUCCAAAAACUAAACACCGCGCACAAAGCUCUUACUGAGAAUAAUAGAGCUGUAGCAAACCAUAUGUAUUCGGUACCGAGUAACAGGUGCGCCAUCUAGUAACGAGUAACGAAACGUUACACACGGCUGCAUCUCGUUACUCGCAUUUUUCGUAUGUUUUACGCAUGCGCGCGCAUAUUCGAUGAAUUUGCGUUACAAAGAACGAUGUUUGUUUAUUAAGUAAAGUAUAAUUUGGAAAUUCGUCGUCAAAGUUUUUUACUGUUUAUUAAAGGUAUUGUGUGUGUAGACUAAGUUUGAGAUUGGAACAGAAACAACGUAAGAAAUAUGUUUUUAUUAUCGCGUAUUUUCACGUUUUUUUUGUUCUUAUCUUAAAAGAGAUAGUAUAAAAAAGCCGCUCUAAUGAGAUUUAAUUGUUUCUUGGUUAACAAAAACUGUUAAUUAUCAAAUAUUGUUAAUUGUUUAUAUUCUAUUUAUUAUUAUUUACGCGACGUCAUACUGUACGCGUACGCAAUACGACUCGAUUCGUUGCUGCAACAUAACAUAGCAUGUUAUGCGGUAUCAGAAGUAACGAGUAAUGUAACGUGAUACGAUAGUAACGAGUACUAAUUGUUAUAGUAACGAAUACAUACGGGGACGCUUUUUUUCGUUACUUUUACACCUCUCGAGAAUAAUAAUAAUGGCGUAUUGGUGUGACGUGGUCACAAGUUGAAAAAACCUGGAGGAUGGGAAAGGGAAUAUUUGGAAACGUGUGAUUAUUGGCUAGCACUGUUACUAUGCGGGCGUGUUUGGAAGAUAACGUGGUGAGUCAAGCCAGGCAUAGAAGAGAGGGGGAGGGGGAUGCGGACAAAGAAACCCUUCAUGACAUGUGUCGCGGACAGUCUAUCUAUCCAGGCGCGCGCAAUGGCACGCACCUACGCAAUUCAGUUACAGCGCCCGCAGUUUUUAAGCAAUUUGAACAACUUUUUUAAUUUUUUCGUAAUUGGACAGAUGAUGCAAAGGCACAUAUUAAUAUAUAGUACCUCCAUUCUAUUACUGACACCACAAAGUGUAAUUUUUAAUAAGAUUCCAUUACUAUUUACUUUCAUUUUUUGGAAAUCUAUAUUAUUAUUUUAAUAAAUUGGUGUUUUUUUGAUGGUUCCUGAAAACCUUUACGUUAAAUCGCUGUUUUCGUUAAAUCCGUGUUCGCAAAAUCGGGGUUCUACUGUACAUAUCAGUCUUUUACGAAUAUGUCUGUCUGGGAUCUCGAAAGUCUUGAAAAAUUUUGGGAUCUCAGAAGAUAUCCACGGGAUAUUCAUAAUAUUUUAGGCAUUUUUUGCUACAUCUUGCCAUGUGAAUUUUGAGAAGACUAAUACUAAAGUAAAGCCAGAUUUAACACAGUAAUUUGGAACCAUUACUUACACCUACGUUAUCUUAUCAGUUGAAGUAUUUUAUGGAGAAGAGAGUCUGGCAGGUCAUUAAAAAUAGAUUAGAACUGACAGCAUCCUGAUAAGGAUAAAUACAAGGCCAUAGAAAUCAAAACUCUGCACUCGGGUAUUAAAGUUGACAGUUUUCAGAUCAGAGGGUAGAAACACUGCAUGCCAGCUCUGCGACUAGUUUCGUUCAGACCGGGGCAAGCAAACAGAAGAAAAAAAACUUGUAUAGAUCUCGUGGAAAACAUAUGAUCACAUACAGCAAAGACUCCUAAAGCCUAACAACCUAUGUACGACUUUUUCUAGUGGAUAAUACACAGAGAACGACGACCGGAUUCAGUCCCACACUCACACUCCUAGCAUAGUGACCGCUCAGGCAAAUUAUCUUGUCACGUGGCAUGGCCCAAAAAAUAUGUGCACUACUAGCGGAAAAGGGGGGGGGGGGGGAUUUCACCUCGUACACUGGACAGAAAAAGAGGUACAUUCUAAGCAGCUACUAUGAUCCUACUCUUUAGUUAAAACAAGCCAAAAAAUAUAAUCCAUAAAUGUUAAUAUAUGUUACUAUAAAUAAUGAUUUCUUUUCACAUGGUAACAAAUUCAAACAUGUAGGUAAAAAAAAACAAUUUUUUACCUACAUCAUAUUUAACUAUAGAUUAAAACUGCUCACUUUACAUGCUUUUUAACCCACCCUCUUGAAAUUUCUUCACACAUACUGCAAUUUUCAGAUCCUAUUUUGGUUACUAUGAAAAAUAAUAAUUUAUAUUUUCCUUUCAAAAUCUGAAUAGUUCAACAAAAUCUUACCUAUAGCAAUUGCAGCUGACUUAUCCUAACCAACCUUUCACUUUUGUAUUAAUUAUCUAUUUUCCCAGAAGCCACUACACUACACAUUUACUUUUGAGUUCAAUAUGCGUUUGUUAUAUGUGAAAAAAAA